AGCGCGCUUGUCUCGGCCGGGACGGACGGCCCAGCGACCGCCGCCCGACGCAAGAGAAGGCUCAGCGCACGCAUACGUGCGGCCCUCGGCUGCCCCGACGUCCUGCGACGAGCCAGCAGCACCACAAACAAGGCCAGGGGCAGCCUCACCAGCAGCCAUGCCGCUCAAGCCCUACAAGAAGCCCGAGGGCCGCGCGCGCUACCUGCUGCCCCAGAUGAACUUUGUCGAUCCCGGCGCCGAGGCCAAGACACAGAGGCCUAAAUUACCGUCGCGCGGGCUGGGCGUUGUUUCUAUUGACGUCGACGACGAGAUCAGGAAGCGGAAAAAGGCGGACCUACUGCGGGCGCAGCUGACGCGGGGCCAGUCCCGGAUUAUUGAUGGAUUUUUAUUGCUGGAUGCGUGUGGCGUCGAGUUUCCAGACGAAGGGCAUCGGGCGGACGUCUCGGGAAGGCAUGCUACGGAAGUGUCCUCCACGGAUCUCGAGUACUUCCCGAAUCUGAGCUGGGUCGACGCGUCCGAUAAUCCACGAUUGCCUUUGGAGGAUUUUGGGAGCCUGCCUCGGCUCAAAGAUUUGAGGUUUGCCGCGAAUAGUUGGUCCGUAUGUAGCUCAGUCAGUGAAGACUGGUUCCCCCGUCUCUUAGUACUGGAUUUGUCCUACAAUACCGCGACUUUAGAUGGAAUUAGUCAGCUCGUGACGAUGCCGCGGUUGCGAGACUUGGACCUCACGGGAAAUGGACUAGUAGAGCUGCCGGACGUCUUUUCGGACUUCCAAUCGCUGGAAAAGCUGUUCCUCGAGAGGAAUCGACUACAAGGAGACGCCCUGACGUGUCUCGCGAAGUGUCCUCGAUUGCGAGAACUGUCGUUGGCACAUAACAAGGUCACAUCCACUCCGACCAUCGACGCGAUGGCCGAGGCCACAAGUCUAGAUCACACGGAAAUCCUCGCCGAACUAGUCGCGUUGGAUCUCGCCCACAACCACAUACGCAGCGAGAAGGACAUCGACGACUUAACGGUAUUGCCCAAGCUCGAGCAGCUCUCGCUCUAUGGCAAUCCGUUGCUAGGCGCUACUGGUGAAGAUCCAACAGGAGAAACGGUCAGAACUCUAGUACAAACGGCAACGCAGCAGCGCGACGGCUGGACGGCGCGCCAUUUAGAUGUCACAACAGAAGUGCCCCGGAAACGUCCGAAUCGCGGCACGGCCGGCGCGGCCGCCGGCGCGAAGUGCGACCGGCGCUUCGAGAGGAUCGGCGUGCAACGGAUAGCGGAAGCGCCGAUCCCGACGGCGGCCCAGUUCCGGGAAAAGGGCCACCAGGCCCUGGUGGACGCGUUGGAGAAAGAGGCCGGGAGGAAACCGCGAACGAAGAAGAAGGUUCCGCAACCAACAACGGACAAGGACCCUAGUUUCUUCGUCACGGCCUUGCAGGACGACGACGCCCUCGAGGAGGCGCUCAUGGCCGACGAGAUUUACGAGGAGCCUGAGGAUCCGAUUGUGGCACCCGCCGUCUUGGCCGCGCGCGCCAUCGAGCCGGCGCGGCGGUCGGAUCCCGCGAAGCUCCAAUCGGCGUUGCGCGCCCUGAAGUUCGCGCUGGACCACCCGGCCACUUUGCAUGUGCAAGCGGCGCCAACUCGUAGGGGAGGCGACGUCCCGGUCGCGGCGCGCGCGACUCAGGCGUCUGUGUCAAAAAGGCUGCCGCGCCAGAAAUACAAGCCGCAAGCGAAACCGAAGGACAAUCCGUUUAGGGCGGCCGAGGGCGAUUUGCGAAGAAACGCGCGGCUGGUCCAGGCGGAAGCCUUGCAGGAGAUCGAGUCCGUGCUGGACGUGCUGAACCGGGACGUGCUGCCGCCGCCCGGCGCCUACGACUCGGCGGAGGACGACUCGGACUAAAUUUUAUAGGUAU